GAAGACGAAGCAGAUAUCUACGACGAGCCAGCCGAGCCGGGACGCAACAUGGGCGGCUCAUUCGCCCAAGGGCCGAGGAAGAGCCACACGAAGCGGCGUCCCGAUGAAGGCGACCGCCUUGUGGGCAAGAUCCGCCGGUAUGGUGUGUGGAUCGUGGCUGCUCUGGUCCUCGUCCCCUUACAGCUCCUUGUACUGGCGACGGCAGGUGUGGGAUUCGUGUACAUUUGCAUCACAGGGGCCCGGAAGCUGGGCAUGCGGCUCCGCGGCGGGGAAUGAGCUUUCGACUGCACACUGGCUGGUAUCCGGGAUUUUGUUUUCGGGAUAGACAAUGUAUGACACGCAGAAAAAGGCACACACCGGCGGCGUUUUACCCAGGCACACCGAUUUUGUCCCGCCUCCUUUUUUUCCUUUUCUUUUCAUCACUUCACGUUUUGGUAGAGAGUCACGACCCAGUUUUCCCAUCACCCGAAUUCACGAAAGAGAGAGACAAAGAAGGACGAUAGGCAUGGGAGAGGAGGCGUCUUGCAUAUCUCAUCGAAUGCAGAGUGGGCUUUUCCUAUAUGCGAGGUUAGGCAUAGUUGACGUUGGUAAUUGAGCUGUGACAGUCUCACUGAGACGUCACGCCGGCCAACAUUUUUCUUUUUCUGUUUGUGACUCGUUCAGAUGUAUCUCUUUUCGUGAUGUUGUUUGGCCAUGUUCUACACGAUGGCUCUGGGUAUCAAAUUAUCGCGCCUUGAACUGGGACACCAUUGUCCUUGGGCUGCAGAUCGCCCUUGCGUCCGCCUGCCUCGUGGCCAUCUCAACGUUCCGUCCGUCCAGUUCAUGCGUGUGUCAAACAAACACACACCCGUCCCCUCCACCUACUCCUAGAAGUCGAGAGCAGCCCUCCCCCCC